CCGCCGCCGCUCGCGCGCUCUCGCAAUCGAUAUCCCCCUGGCCUGUCAAAUGGAUGAUGAUGGCAGCGACGACGGUUGAUACGAUGUUGCAGAGCGAUGGCUUUCAGACGAAAAAGAAAGAGGACAUCGAGAACAAGGACAACUUGUGGUCGUCCAUCCUGGCGGAGGUGCAGAACAGCGGCAACAACAAGCUGCCGUCGAACAAGAACGUCCUCGUGUUAGGUGACAAUGAGAGCGGCAAGACUACGCUUAUAGCCAAACUACAAGGUGUGGAGGACCCGAAGAAAGGCUCCGGGCUAGAAUUUGCGUAUAUCGACGUGAGAGAUGACUACAGAGACGAUCACACGAGACUGUCCGUAUGGGUCCUGGACGGAGACCCGGGUCACGCGAAUCUUCUGAGAUUCGCUCUGAACAAAGAGAGGUUUCCGCAUACGCUUGUUAUAUUAGUCGCUGCCAUGACCACGCCGUGGGCCAUUCUCGAUCAGCUUCAAUCGUGGGCGGCGCUGCUAGGCGAUCAUAUUGACAAAUUACCCUUAGAUAAUGAUAGUAGGCAACGGUGCAGGCAGUUUAAUAUUAAGAAGUGGCAGGACUAUACGGAACCGGGAGACGAACUGGAUCCUGGGAGUCCCCUGCGACGUACCAGUCGCAAUCUGGACGACGACACCGCCGAGGGCUUGCCCUUGCCGGAGGGAGUACUUACAACCAAUCUGGGCCUGGACGUCGUCGUAGUCAUAACGAAAACCGAUUACAUGUCCACUCUUGAAAAGGAGCAGGACUAUAAAGACGAGCACUUCGACUUCAUGCAACAAUGGAUCAGACGGUUUUGCUUACAAUACGGUGCGGGUCUCUUCUACACAUCGGCGAAGGAGGAUAAGAACUGUGAUUUGCUUUAUAAAUAUCUAACGCAUAGGAUUUAUUCGUUACCGUUCAGAACACCGGCACUGGUCGUCGAAAAGGAUGCAGUACUUAUACCUGCUGGUUGGGAUAACAUGAAGAAGAUUAGUAUUUUGCACGAGAAUUUGCAAUCCAUGAAGGCGACCGAUUACUAUCGCGAUGUUAUCGCACAGCCAGCAACGAAUCGAAAAUGCGUUACUAGAGAAAUGGAGGUUCAGGCGGAAGAGGAGCAGGCUUUUCUCGCGCGGCAGCAGGCAGCUCUGUCGGGCCUGAAAGACCCUACUCGUUCUCCGACGACUCGGAAUCAGGCAAGCCCUGGACCAGUUAUACAGGUCGCGUCGCCGAACAAAAAGCUGGAUCCCAAGGGUACCGGCGGGACACCGUCCGGGGAAGGUGUCUUAGCUAAUUUCUUCAAUUCUCUUCUCUAUAAGAAGACUGGAGUGCCGCCCGGCUCGCCGGGGACGCCGGGCAGCGUAGGAACAAGUCCCCUGAAACUUGACGGUACACCGGUGGACAAGGCAACGAUGUGUAAUGACGCGGCAGCGGAGUUAGAUCGUCUUACUCGGACCAAGAAACUUUCUCCACCCAACCUGAACUCGUCGUCUGAAUGUUAAAGAUAGCGCGCUUUUUCUUCGCGAUCCAUUCGUACAAUGAGGACGAUAGUCGAAGCUUCGUUGCCAUCAGACAGAAUCCAAAUGCAAAUCUGAAAUGUCUUGUAGUUCGCUCAUAAUAGCGGGAAUUGUAACAACGGUAAGAUGAGUCGCGAAGAGGUAAAAUUUAGCUCUAAUCAAUAAUCUCUAACUCGAUCACACCGCGAAGGAGGUAAAUUUAAAUUAAAAAAAAAAUAUAUAUAUAAUCUGUCUCGCAACUCUCGACAGCCUCGAGUGUCGUAAUCGACUAAAUAUCAGUAACGAAGCAGAGAACAAUUAGAAAGCUAUUAAAUUAAUGUAAUUAAAAUAUUUAAUAUAAUAAUAUUACCGAGAUAUAUAUGCUUACGCACAUGUCCUAGUAAAGCUAGCCUGGUCAUAGUAAAUUAUUUAGCAACGCCCGUGUACGUGGAAACGGAAGCGCGGUCCUUUUUUUUUUUUUAAUCGUUCUAUAUAUUUACAUAUGAGUGCACAUGUUCUUUGUCUCUCCUUCGUAAACGAACUUACUCUUACGUUUCAUACACUCGAUCGUGGUUCUUUUACGAGAUAUAUCUUUAUGGUGGCUCGUCACCACAUUCGGUCUAAUUUUAGCAACGUAAGUGCCGUUAGCGCUGCGAAAGUGUUGUGCGAAUGCGUGGGAUAGUAUUUUAUACGAAUUGUUCAUAAAAUAAAUGGGAGAAUCCUUUUAACGGAAGACGCAGUGCAGUCUUCAGAUUUAGGGACAACUAAUGGUACGAGGCUGGAAUAGAUGUCCAAAUGGCGCGUGUAAAUUCGAUACUUCCUUUGUAGAUUUCCGAGUAUGGUUAUACGACUCGAGAGAGCAGGUGAGCAGAGAUAUGUACAUUCAGUUAUCAACAUAAAUGUGGCUCUAUGUAUAUGAAAUUCAAAUUCUCGAUGAAAAUAAAUAAUUUUUCGUAUA